AUGGACGAAGAGCGGUCGAGGAAGAGGAGAAAAGUGGACAGCGGCGCUCCAGAAACGUUGGCCUUGCCCAGCAGCGCCGGUGAACUACAAUGGCUCCUCCAAUUCUCCCAAAGUCCUUCGCCUCGAGUCGUAGCAGCAAUCAACCAAUUCAAGACCUUCGUGUCCAGUAUCGCGGAAAACCAAAAUACAGCGAUCAAGGAGCACCAAUUCAAGAUCCUGAAAGAAUACUGCGACCAGCAGUCCUCCGAGACCCACGAGCAGGUCGAUUUUCCAGAUCUUCUCUCCGUCUGGUCCUCUGCGAGCCAGUCCAAUGAUGAAGCCAUUCUAUGGGCUGUGCCCGCUGCGCUUUCACAAUUCUUCAGGACGAUUUCCAGCCGCCUUGAAUUUCGGGAGUUUGGCCUUUCUCUGUGCCACAGCUUAUUAAAGCGGGAUCAGUUGCGAAUCUUCGACAAGUCCCUGUCGUUGCCUCGCUCCAAGGGGCGCAUAACGAUAGCAUGUCUGCAGCUUUUGACUGAGGUCAUCAGCUUCGAUGGCGGUGCACUUGCCGGCAACGUCUUUGGCCGCCGAGAUUAUCUCUACAGACGGCUUGACGGAUUCUUCGCCCAGACACCUGCCGAGGGCGCAGAGAGCACAGCGUCAACCGUACACCGAGCAGCGCUGGACUUCCUGCUAGCCAACCUGAAGUAUCUGGACACUGAGUCGAAAACCGAGCUGAUCACCCAUGGGAAGACUCUAUACUCGGCUGUGCGGACCCUUCCCCGCGAAUGUGCAGACGUCGUUAUCCAGACUCUUAAGGUUCUGGAGAAAUUUGUCUUGGACGAUGAAAGUCUGUCGAAACAGAUCAAAGGCCGCUGUUUCAAUUCCGGAUUUCUGUCGGCUUUGGCCAAGCUUUACGAUUAUUCGGAUACGUCUGCUGACACGGCCGAAGUGGACGGGGGUUCAUCAAGCGUCCGUGACGCUCUACAGCACCUGUUAAUACAAGUGUGCACCACAACGAAGGGGCCAUUGCUUCGCCAAACGGGCUGGUAUCCUCCUGGGAGCAACCCCGAUAUUCUCCCGCAAGAUGGGAAUAUGGUAGAUUUGGGGUUUGACUCUCCUUACUAUUCCGACGACUACACGCAAAAGGUGCCGGUGAAGAAUGGAACCCUGUCAAUCUUUAUCCAGGGACUCAAACCAGAGAGCGAUAGUCUGCAGGCGAACCUGAUCAUCUCCAUCUUCAAGGCGGCUCCCGAGCUUGUGGCAGACUAUUUCACGAGAAAGCCAAAGUUCGUCGUCCCGCCUGGGGAUGACCCCUUGUGGCGAGGCCAAUUCGCUUUUCUGUUCUCUGUCGUUCAGCUCUCCGUGCCGUUACAUUGUGGUUGGCCUGGAGGCUUUGCACUGACACCUCCACCUCUGUCGAUUGCCAUUGAAAGCAUACUCCCGCGGCCGUUAGACCGAAGCACUCUAACGAAAUGUCUGCAAACAAAGGACGACAUUAUUACCAUCUCCGCGGCAAGGGUACUUACAGUCGCCAUGGACAAGCUUGCCUCUGUCUUGGAUAUUUUCGACGACGCACACCCCAGUACAACACAGUGGUCCCAAGCCUCGACUAGGCUGCUGAACCUCUUCAUAGACCGUGUCCCGCCGAUGCAGGAUCUCGUCACUGCACUCCAGAGUCUCGACCAGGAUAAUGAGCAAGUGCGCACGUCGAUCCUCGAAUGCCUGGCCACCUAUCACAAGGUCUUGCCGGAAACAACCGCGGCGUCAAAGUUCGACAUUGGGCCCACCUUGGGCAAGACGCUUCGAAGACUCGAAUCAGACACCCUCGAAGAGGACACAAGAAGUAUCCUCGACGAGCAGCUCCAGCAUCUCGUACAAAUUGCAAACGUCUCCCUGGCUACCAAGUGGUUUUCCAAGACAGCUUCGGACGCAGUCUCGCUGAUUGUGCAGCUGCUCAAAUAUAGUGUUCAGCAUCCUGCAAAUAUUGUCGCUAAGCAAUCGCUAUCUGUUAUUCGAACAAUUCUGAGCGACAAAGGGAUAUUAAACCCUGACACGGGCUCGUUCCAGGCUCUUGUGGCCAGCCUUACGCCGACAAAGAAGUGGCAGGCCGAGCUCGAGACGUACCAGUUUCUAGACAACUGCAUGACUCGCACGAUGCAGCGACCUGUCAAGUACUUGGACCGUCUCGAGCAGAUGCAACAAAUGCUGUCGGACUCAAAAGGAUUGAGUUUGAUAGCCUGUUGCAUGGCGGAACAAUGGCCGUUCGUGGUGAAGAAGGGGGAUAAAAAGGCCACGAAGAACAUUGCCGAAUGGACGGCUAGGUUCUUCUCCGCUCUAGACGCCGCAGACGAGAACUGGCGCGUCUUGAGCCAUCUUCAAGAGGAGAUGAAGGUUGAAGCAGAUGGAGAUGAAAAGGCGAAAGCAGCGUUAGUCAAGGCAUUGGAGAAGCAACGCAAGAAACCUGUCGAACUGCCAUCACAAGAGCCUUCCGACAAUCAAAAAGAGACAGCAAGGUCCGAAAGCAUCGACGGAGACGGUGCAAGUGAUAUAGGCACAGGAAAGCCAUCAGAUCCAACCGGACACGCCGUCGACCUAGACACAGUCUUCGAUCCACAACCGCCUAUCCCGAGCAGUCUCCAAGGUCUCGACCGCUGGACGAAACCAGACUUCGAAUCCGAAAUCAAAUCUGGCCGAUUAGCCAACCUUCUCCGCUGCCUGAUCAGUCCCGACGCCGAGAUCCGGCUGCAGGCCUUCCACACGCUCCAUACCGUCAUGCACGAAGUAGAGCAAUCCACAUUCGCCGAAAAGACCCAGCUCUACCUCCUGUUGGGCGAAGUCUACGAGACUGUACGUGUCUACAGUAGCAGCAGCAACACCAAUAGCAACAACAAGAAUAGGCAAACAACCAAUUCUUCAACGACAUCACCAUUGUCAACCGCUCCGCCACCAUCAAUCAUCGCCGAACUAGCAAUCCAAAUCCUCCCAGUCAUCGCAGACCCAUCAUCCCCAUUCUACCGCAAAACCAACAAAUUCCUCCUCCGCUCGCCCAGCUGGACCAUCCAGUCCCUACUACCGUAUUGGUUAUCGACGACGUUUCUCGCCGAGCCCGAAAGCGACGAUACAGAUCACGUCGGCGGCGUGAACGCCCAAUCACUCGAGAUCGAUCGGCUUUUGGACCUGUUGGCCAAUUCGCUCCGCACCCAGACGGACAUGGACCUUUAUCGCCGCGCACACGUUUUCACAAGGCUAUUUUCCUUCUUUUUUGCCCCUGUGUGUCGGGCUUCUGCGAGGAAGAAGAUUUUAGGGAUUGUUCAUAUUGCUGCCUCUGGACUUGCCAGUGGCGGCGAGACCAUUACCACCACCACCAACGGGACCGACACGCUCAUCACCCGCGUCGCUGUGCGUGAGUGGCUGUCCAUUGCUCGAGCGCUGCUACGCAACCGCAACAACAGCGGACAUAAUGGUUCCACGUGGAGCGGAGCCUCUGCCUCUACCACAGAGACAGACACCGAAUUGUCCUCUCUGAUUGAUUCAAUCGCUCGUGAAAUACAGCAGACUUGUGAUGCGGACGCAAUUUUCGCGUGGGAGUCGCAGAGACCGAUCUUUAAGAUCGCCGACGCCAACGCCGCGGCAGAGGAUAAAGACAAGGACGAGUGA